UGUUAUGGUCGUUCAGCCCUUUUGUCUCUCUGCUUUUUGAUGUGAACAGUGCUGAAGCUGUGGAGCUGCCUGUUUUAUGAUGGCGGACCGGGGUCUGAAUCAGGGCAUACUGAAGCACACACAGUCACACAGCGCAGCUUUUCAGCAUUGCUUUUGAUCCACCGCGUCCAGACACGGUGAAAAAACCGGCAGAUCCUCAGCCAUUUAUUAUCCUUGCUGGGUGACCAGAAUAACUAUCAGGACCGGCCCUUUUUCGGUGUCCUCACAGAGCCCCCUCUGCACUUGUGCCGUCAUCCUGGCGUGGGGAGAUUGAUCGCGAUCCAGGCAGCGCGGACCGCAUGAACCGCAUCCUUUGGGAAGUCCUCAUCGGAUUUAAUUUGCCUUGGAUGAGCGGGAGUUUCUAACUGCAUAUACAGUACAGUAAUCCGUCACGUAUCAGACUGCGGUGGGACCAGAGUAAGGGCGAUGGCCUUCCAUACUCACCCCAACGCAGCUGUGUUACCUGCGUGAUUAAAAAAAGAAAACUCAGAUGAGCGUCCUGGGGACACAGACAACCUUCAACUUCCAUACCCGCCCCAACGCAGCUGUGUUACCUGCGUGAUUAAAAAAAAGAAAACACAGACGAGCGAAAACAACUUUCUGAAUGGACAGCAGGAACACUCCCAAGCCCAGGGGGCCAGCCUCUCAGCGCCCUGCUGGCACCAGUUCCUCACCGAUGACGCUCAAGUCUGAGCUCAACGAGGACUACGACCUUCAGGAAGUGCUCUGGCAAGAUGAUGCCAAAGACAGGAAGAACGGCAAAGACAGUGGCGGGAAGCUGCCAGCCGAGAUCUGCGUGGUGAUUGGGGGGCCCCGGAGCCCGCAGACCCUUGGGUCCUACGUGUGUGGAAUCUGUGGAAAGAAAUACAAGUACUACAACUGCUUUCAGACUCACGUGCGGGCUCACCAAGAAACAGAAACGGGAGCAGGAGAGGGGAGUUCCCAAGGAGCAACCAAUAACUUCCGGUAUGCCUGCGACAUCUGUGGGAAGAAGUAUAAAUACUACAGCUGUUUCCAGGAGCACAGGGACCUGCACGCAGUGGAUGAUCCCUACGACCAGGCUGUCAUUCCAGUGGACGAUCCCAAAGAGGAGGAACCGACGGAACCAUUCCAAAAAAUCGGACCAAAAACCGGGAACUACAUUUGUGAAUUCUGUGGAAAACAGUACAAGUACUUUAAUCCUUACCAGGAGCAUGUGGCUUUGCACGCACCCAUAAGUUGGUCCAUUGAGAUGCAAGCACCUCGUUCACAGCUAUGUCCUGCCAGCAGCAGAAAACGUGGCCCCCCACAAACAGAAUGCAGCCAAAUAGAAAGUGCUUUUAGCAGGAAAGCCGAAAGCAAAACACAAAACAGCGUGGAGGAAACAAACAGUUCCCAGAACUCCAGUGGAGGAACCAGCCCCUUGAUUUCCAACCCCUUUCCUCUUCUACAAAAGCCGUACACAUGUGGUGCUUGUGGGAUUCAGUUCCAGUUUUACAACAACCUGCUGGAACACAUGCAGUCCCAUGCAGCGGACAAUGAAAACAGUGUGGUGGUUGAGCAGCCCAAAACAUCUUCCACCCCUGCUCCUGCUCCUGCACCUGCUCCAGCACCAGCUCCUGCACCUGCACCUGCUCCUGCUCCAGUUACCAGUGAACAGCAAUGGAAAUCCCCACCCCAAAGAAACCACAACACCAACUCCAACAGCACUGUACCAGAGAAAGAACGGCAACAGAUUGCUGAGAGACUACUGAAAGUGAUGUACGCUGAUCUGGGAGCAGCGAGUGUCCUGAACACAAAAGACUUCAUGAAAUUAGCGCAGACGCUGGUUGACGCUGGAGCGCAAUACGGCGCAUUCUCCGUCACAGAUGUUCUGGGUGAUAUGAACACGCUAGCCUUGAAGCACUUACCCAGAAUGUAUAAUCAGGUGAAGGUGAAGGUGACCUGUGCCCUGGGCAGCAACACCAGCCUGGGGAUCGGCGUCACGUGCCACUCCCAGAUGGUGGGUGUCGACUCCUGCUAUGUGCUCACCGCGUAUCAGGUGGAAGGAACCCAGAGGAAGCGCUACGUCCUGGGGGUCAAGGAGGUGGACGUGAAGGAGUGUGGCGAGCAGGUCCAUCACUGGGUGCAGAAUGUCCUCUCGGAGUUUGUGAUGUCCGAGAUCCGCACCAUUUACGUGAUGGACUGCAAAGUGAGCUUGGCUGCCUUCUUCAAAGCUGGGAUGUGCCUGGGCUGCUCAGCCUGUGCCUUAAACUGUGUGGUGCAAAGCGCGCUGAAUAAGAGAACUCUGCAGGCCCGCAGCAUGCACGAGGUGAUAGACCUUCUCAACGUGUGCGAGGACAUGGCUGGAUCUGCUGGCUUCUCCAGAGAGACCUUUGGCUCCCUGGAAGAAGCACCAGCGCCACCCUGCUGGGACUCCGUCACAGAGUCUUUGCUGCUGGUGAACGAACGCUACGAGCAGAUCUGUGAGUUUUACAGCCGGGCCAAGAAGAUGAGCCACAUCCAGAACCUGAACAAGCAGCUGCUGUGCAACCUGGCGGCUAUCCUGGCCCCAGUAAAGCAGGCAGUGGUGGAGCUGAGCUGUGAACAGAAGCCCACGCUGCAGCUGGUGCUUCCCACCUACGGCAGACUGGAAAAACUCUUUACGGCCAAAGCCAACGACGUCGGUGCUGUAAGCAAGCUCUGCCACUUCUUCCUGGAGGCUCUUAAGGAGAACUUUAAAGUGGAGCGAGCACACAAAAUAGCUAUGAUUCUGGACCCCCAGCAGAAACUGAGGCCGGUUCCUGCUUACCAGCAUGAGGAGAUAAUCAGCAAGGUGUGCGAAAUGAUUACAGAGAUCCGAGAGAUGAGCGGAGAGGACACUGAUAUGGAGCCCAGCACCAAGAAGGCCCGGCUGGCCAGCAGCAACAGUAAAGCUCAGGGAAGUGACGAGAAGCAGGUCAAGAAAGAAGUUUACGAAUAUUUGGCAGAACCUCUGUUCCAAGCGACUCCGGAUCUUUUCCAGUACUGGUCGUCAGUCACCCAGAAGUAUCCCAGACUAGCCAGGCUGGCUUUCUGGCUGCUGUCUGUGCCAGCUGUGGGUGCGAGGAGCGAGUCUGUCAGCAUGUGCGAGCAGGCGCUGUCAAUGAAGAGGAGGAGACAGGUGACCCCAGAGGAAAUGAAUAAACUUAUUUUCUUGAAGUCAAACAUGCCUUGAACAGGUCACUAGGAAAAAUACAGUUUUCAAAAUCAAAAUAAUACUAAGGUGCUAAAUCUUAACUAAAGGCCAAGGACAAACACUCCAAUAGAAAUGUUUGAUUUGCACCGUGCUGAAUAUCGGGAGAACAGCCUGCCGGCAGUAGUGCAAACGUGUGGAUAGCUUCUAGAGGAAAUGGCCAAAUGGACAGAGUUCUGUAUUGUACUGGUCAAACACUUUCAGCUUGGUAGGGUCACGGCUGCUGUCCUGUUUUAUAUAGCAAAAGAAAACAGCAUCAGAAAUCCUCCACACAUCUGAAACAUUUUAAACGCUUGGAUUUAUUUAGAUUAAGUUGGUCAUCGUUCCCCUUCUGUGUUUUUUUUUUUUUUAUCUUCUCCUGAACAGUUUGUUUACGUGUUAUUUUAUUCUUUUAAUAUUUCAUAGUAUUUUAGAACAGUAUUGUACAGCCACGAUUGUCAUUCAAUACUAUUUUUGAGAACAAAGCUUGUUAUAAUGUUUUAUAUGUAAAGCCACAUAUAUUUAACCAUUUCAUUCAAGUUGAUAGCAUUUUAAGAAAAAAUGGGUUUAGAUGCAAACCGAGGAGUGUAAAUUCAGCCUAAACUAGCUUUACUAACAAAACCUGCUUGUGUCCCGAGAUCUGCCACUUGUACAUAGAUAAUAAAUAAGCCACAUACCUGUUUAACACACACAGUAUCUAUCUAACAAUGGCGAACUCGCUGCAGUAUAGAGUAUAAAUACAGAUUGUAUUCAAAUAAGCAAUAUUCAAAUCAAAAUAAGUUGCCUAUUGUUGAAACAUUUACACAUACAGGCACCACGCGUCACAGCUGCAUUUGAGCUUGCCCUUGUGUAAGUUUGUUUUCUUUUAAAUAUCAUUGUAUGUUUGGGUGGUGUUGUGAGUGCUACAUCAGUAUUGAUAACAGCCCUGCCCAGAGUAAGCAGGAAAGCAGCGUUGGUAUGUAUUGCGUUGUAUAUAGAACUAUUUUUGUGAGGGGAAACGGAACAUAUUGGAUGUCCAGACACUGAAUGUAUAGGAGGGUACGCAUGUCCAUGCUGUGUGAGUACUGUAGAGUCAGGGGACUGUAUCUCUAAACUACCAGAGAACACUCAUUAUUACAGCUGCUCCCUAGAGGGUCACUUUUUAAAUAUUUUAUUUUUAAACGGGUGGUGGAUGUUUUAUGAAGCAAUGUCCCAGACGAUUAUAAUUUCAAAAACAAAGGAAGUUACAACACCUUUUUUAUUUCAUUUUUUUUUCUUCUUCUAAUUUACAAGGGGGCUGAAAAUCAGAGUGAAGGGGAUUAUAUACUGUAUAGACCUACCCUGCACACCCAGACUGGCACUGUGCUGGCAAUGGUGAAAUUUGAUUUUCAUGCCAGCGUUUCCAGUUGAAGAGAACAAAAUCACAGCGCCAUGAUUGCAUUAAAAAUCCAGUUCCAACCAAACCUCUUCAAAGGGUUGUUUUUUGGACAAUUCCGUGUGAGCUGCACAGCUCUGUGCUGGCACACACCCCUCAAUGCAUUAGCAGUUUAAUAUUUUGUGUUACUGUUUCAAGCUCAGGUCCUAAUAACCUAAGGGGAGGUUAGGUGUUCACUUUCUCUGUCUGUUCUUCUGAGCAACUACAAAGGGAAACUAAUGUCAGACAAUACAAUUCAAGUUCAUCUAGAAAUAAUUAGCCAGACAAAGCCUUUGUGGUGGGGGUGGGGAAACGGAACAAAAACACCUAUAUCAGUGUUUGUAUAAAAAUGCAUGUAUUUUACCUUGCAGUGAAGCAGAAGCUGAACAUAGCUGUAUAUGAUACUGUUACGUCCUGGAUGUCUCAAUAUUUGACACAUGAUAAAGGAUUGCAGUAUUGAACCGACAUGUACAUAUAAGCUGCAGUUCUAUUUUCAUCCCAGUAGAGGGCGCUACUGUGAAACAAACUGGCAUCCCUUUGCUCCUCAGAACUAUUCUGUAUAGUGCUGCUCCUUUAUACUAUACACUUGGUAAACUUGCAAGGCAGACACUUUGAGCACGCUCUGUGUUUCUGUGAGAGAAGUCAAACACAAAGAAAACAUGGUUUUAAAUGUUCUGUACUGUUGCUUUGUAGUAAAGACAUUUUAAGAUGAAAAGAAACCAAAUAGUCCUUUCUUGAAAACAAUUGAAAUUGUGUGUAUAUAGUGUUAUCUGUAACAAACCAAGCUCCUCACUUCCUACUGCCAUCACACAUGUUGUGGGUUUUACAGAAAUAUGGGCUCAUGUCCUGAAUAAUUAGAAACUCAAUUAACAUAUUUGUUUAGAACUCAAUCCUAUUUUUUUUUUGCAUUCUGUCGUAUUAGAUGCAGGCACUCCAAACCUAACCCUGAUUUAACUGUAGGAUGUGUUCAUCUCUAAACAGAUGCUACAGUUUAGGGCAGUGUUUUCUACAGGGCUUGCCAGAUACUUCUUAUUCCUCAUAUGGUUUAUGUAUUUAAUAUUUCUUAACUACCGGUAGUAGUUUUAAUUUAUACUUUUGUAGCAACACACUAUUUUUCUAAAUUACCAGUGAUAGCAUUAAAUCAUGUUUCAGAAUGCCUGGACCUCUCAGCACUGUAUUCUGUAUUUAAUAAACAUUACCUAACAUUGUAUGCCCUGUAUUCUGUAUUUAAUAAACAUUACCUACGAUUGGAUGUGCUGUUAAUAAUAAAUGAAGUGUCACUGAA